UUGGUGACAUUAACUAAGGAACUCAUGGAUAAUAGUACGAUGCCUUCCAACAAUAGUUUUAGUACUCUUGUCCAAUGGAACAACCGCCUGGCAGUAAUUCUCCUUCCUAACACCGUCAUGCUCUUUGUAUACAUUGUGUUGGGACUUCUUGGUAAUGUAGCAGUCAUCUACAUCUAUAAGUUCAGAUUUCGAAAGUCGUCCGAGGACAGAUUCUUCAUUCCGUACCUGGCAGGUAUAGACACCUUGGCAUGUGUGAUUUGUUCUUCUGCUAAUCUCAUCAUCAAUUUUAAUCCAGUACGCUACCAAGAUGUUAUAUUGUGUAAAACUUUCUUCAUGUUGAGCCAGUUCGCGGGAUCUUCCUCUGCACUGAUGCUGACAAUUAUAUCCGUUCAACGAUUUCAGAGGAUUUGUCGACCUUUCAAACCGAAGAUGACAUUGAGAAAAAAGAGAAUGAGUGUAUUGUUAAUGCUUAUGUUUGUGUUUCUGGGUUCAAUUCCAAGUUUGUUCACCACGGGAAUAGCACCAAUAACUAACACACAUUUAAAUGUUACUGGAUACGUAUGUGCUUCAGUGGAAGUUAUGGGAUCAAAGGUAUUUCCAUUCGUGUACAAUUUGUUGGUUCUGACGAUCUGUGUUGGAAAUCUUAUUGUAUUAUGUUCUCUCUACGUCAUGAUAGGGAAGACCAUAUACGGUCGUGUGAAGUACAGAAGAGGCGCGAAAACAGUGUGCGAGUCUUCGUCCUCCGAAGGUUUUAGUGAAAGCUACGUCAGGAAAUCUUUCACCAGUUUCGAGACUAACAAUAUGGUCACACGUUUGUCACCCAAAAAGUCAACCAGGAAGAUGAAGAUGGCAGGUAACAGACUAUCAUUGAUGUUUCUCGUGAUAACUGUAGUGUACUUGGUGUGUUUUGUGCCUACUUUAACAGCGAUAGUAUGGGAUUCUCUCGAUAUAAAUGUGUGGCUGACUAAAUCUAACUUUGAGAUCAUCGGUUUUCGCAGUGCUUAUUCUUUAUACAUUAUCAACAAUAUUGUUAAUCCAGUCAUAUAUGGAUUCUUUGAUAAGACAUUUCGGAAAGAAAUGUUCACAUGGCUAUCUCAUAUCUGUUACGAUACCCGUAAUUAA